AUGCCUACUGAAUUCCUCCCCGCACAAGCGCCCGCAGGCGUCCAGUGCCACAAAAUCGAUUUCACAGCAACCGACCCACCUCUGCCCAAAUACAAGGGCCUGUUCGCAGCUUUGAUUGACAAUGUCUUGACCCCGGCAGAAUGCGAGGAACUCAUCCGCCAAGCAGAAGCGUCCACCGUCACCUCCACCUCCACUACCCCGACGUGGGAGCGGGCCAUGAUCAACGUCGGCAAUGGGAAGCAGGCCCUAGCGACCGAGACGCGAAACUGCGGGCGGAUCAUCCUUGACUCGCCGGAGCUGGCCCAGAAGCUUAUGGACCGACUGAUGCCUUUCCUACGAGACUUUGGCCUCAAGCGUGUUGAAAACCAGCUCCGGGUGACCGGGUUGGCUGGCCGCAACAAGGUUUACCAUCUCACGCGACUCAAUGAGCGACUUCGCUUUCUGAAAUACGAAGGGGGCGAGUACUUCCGACCGCAUUGGGACGCUUUCUACAGGACUCCCGACCGCCAGGAACAGUCCCUCUACACCAUCCAUCUGUAUCUGAAUGGAGAUGGGGAGCAGGAUGUCAAGGAAUUGAAACGCCAGCAGAAGCGCGUGAAUGAUGGCGGGGAUGUGAACCUGGACGUAAGUGGAAGGCUUCUGGGGGGUGCCACCUCGUUUACCCCCCGGUAUGAGGAGCAAGAGACCCAGGUUCGCGUGUUUCCCAAGACCGGAUCGGUGCUGGUGUUCCAGCAGAAUGACCUCCUCCAUAGCGGGGAUCCGGUUUUUCAAGGCACGAAGUAUACAAUGCGGACGGAUAUGAUGUAUCGCGUGCAGUGA